AGAGAGAGAGAGAGAGAGAGAGAGAGAUGGGAGACGAGCGGGUGAAGAAAGAGGCUAUGGAGAUGAUGGAUCAAUUUGAGGUGCUGCCUCGUCUUGUCGUCUUUGACCUCGAUUAUACUCUCUGGCCCUUCUACUGUGAAUGUCUCUCCAAGCGUGACAUGCCAUCACUAUAUCCGCAUGCCAAAGGCAUAAUACAUGCUCUCAAGGAUAAAGGUAUUGAUAUCGCUGUUGCCUCAAGAUCACCAGCUCCGGAUAUAGCCAACAGUUUUCUUGAGAAAUUGGGAAUAAAAUCAAUGUUUGUUGCUCAGGAGAUAUUCUCGAGUUGGACCCACAAGACUGAUCAUUUUCAGAAACUGAAGCAGAGGACUGGUGUUCCGUACAAUGAAAUGCUCUUUUUUGAUGAUGAAGAUCGCAACAUACAAGCAGUCUCGAAAAUGAGUGUUACGAGUAUUUUGGUGGACGACGGCGUUGAUCUUGGAGCUUUGAGGCAGGGGCUCUCUAAGUUCUCACAAAAUAGGUCAGCAUUGGAAAAGAACAAGCAGAGAUGGCGGAAUUUUUCACAAAAAUCCACUUCUUCAGAAAAUCAGUAGUGAUUUCUCCAUCCAUUUUUAGGGGACUGCCUACUUACAAUGACCUUUAUCAGGAUUGGAUUAGUGGUCCUAAUUUCAGACACAUGUGGUAAUUUCGUAAUUUAUUUGUAUUUAGUCAUUCAAAGCCUGCUUAGUAUUAACAGCAGCCAUCAGAAUGUUGUGUAGAACUUGACUCUGUAUUUGUAUUUAAUCAUGUUGUGUAUGUAUAUCUAGUUAAGUCCUCA